AUGAGCAGUGUUCAACUUUCGAAGGGCGACUUCCAUAGUAUCUUCACCAACAAGAGGAGGUACGAUAACCCCACCGGUGGCGUUUACCAGGUUUACAACACCAGGAAAUCCGAUGGUGCCAAUAGCAACAGAAAGAAUUUGAUCAUGAUUUCUGACGGUGUUUACCACAUGAAGGCUCUUUUGAGAAAUCAAGCUGCUUCCAAAUUUCAGUCAAUGGAGCUGCAGAGGGGCGAUAUCAUUCGCGUUAUAAUUGCAGAACCCGCCAUUGUUAGGGAAAGAAAGAAGUACGUUCUUUUGGUUGAUGAUUUUGAAUUGGUUCAGUCUCGUGCUGAAAUGGUCAACCAAGCCAGUACGUUCUUGGACAAUUACUUCUCGGAACGUCCAAAUGAAACUUUGAAAGAUGAAGAUAUAUCCGAUAAUGGUAAUGUCACUAACCAGACAAACAUCGGUAACCUCGGAGUAGGCGACAUGCUCCAUUCAAACUCAAACUUGAAUGCUAACGAAAAAAAAUUUGUCAAUGAAGGUUCUAACUCCCAAAAAUCUAGACCGAUUUUUGCCAUCGAACAAUUGUCUCCAUACCAAAACGUCUGGACGAUCAAGGCAAGAGUUUCCUACAAGGGGGAAAUCAAAACAUGGCACAAUCAAAGAGGUGAUGGUAAAUUAUUCAAUGUCAACUUCCUAGACACUUCUGGGGAAAUCAGAGCCACCGCAUUCAAUGACUUUGCUACCAAAUUUAACGAAAUUUUGCAAGAGGGCAAAGUAUACUACGUGUCAAAGGCAAAACUGCAACCCGCUAAGCCACAGUUUACUAACUUGACACAUCCUUACGAACUCAAUCUGGACAGAGACACCGUUGUCGAAGAAUGUUUUGAUGAAAGCAACGUUCCAAAGACUCACUUCAAUUUUAUCAAAUUGGACGCCAUCCAGAACCAAGAAGUAAAUUCCAAUGUAGACGUGCUUGGUAUCAUUCAAACAAUUAACCCGCAAUUUGAAUUGACUUCCAGAGCUGGAAAAAAGUUUGAUCGUCGCGAUAUCACAAUUGUUGACGAUUCCGGGUUUUCCAUCUCAGUCGGUCUAUGGAACCAACAAGCCCUUGACUUCAAUCUUCCUGAAGGUUCUGUUGCUGCUAUUAAGGGUGUUCGUGUAACAGAUUUUGGUGGCAAGUCUUUAUCCAUGGGCUUUUCUAGUACUUUAAUUCCGAAUCCAGAAAUACCUGAGGCAUAUGCCCUAAAAGGUUGGUACGAUUCUAAGGGUCGCAAUGCAAAUUUCACCACUUUGAAACAAGAACCUGGGGUAGGUGGCCAAUCAGCUGCUAGCUUAACAAAAUUUAUUGCUCAACGUAUCACCAUUGCUAGAGCUCAGGCUGAAAACUUAGGAAGAAGUGAAAAGGGUGAUUUCUUUAGUGCUAAAGCUGCUAUAAGUUUCUUAAAGGUUGACAAUUUUGCAUACCCUGCUUGCUCUAAUGAAAAUUGUAAUAAGAAAGUCCUGGAACAACCGGAUGGCACCUGGAGGUGUGAGAAAUGUGACACCAAUAAUGCAAGUCCAAACUGGAGAUAUAUAUUAACAAUAUCGAUUAUCGAUGAAACAAACCAGUUAUGGUUGACUUUAUUUGAUGACCAAGCUAAACAAUUGUUGGGCGUUGACGCAAAUACAUUAAUGUCUUUAAAGGAGGAGGAUCCCAAUGAAUUUACGAAAAUUACUCAAAGUAUUCAAAUGAACGAAUAUGACUUUAGAAUCAGAGCACGCGAAGAUACAUACAACGAUCAAAGCAGAAUCAGAUAUACUGUUGCUAACCUACACAGUUUGAAUUACAAGGCUGAAGCCGACUACCUGGCAGAUGAGUUAUCUAAGGCCUUGUUGGCCUAA